GCCGCAGCGCAGGCGGCAGCGGCUGCGGCGGCCGAGGCGUCGGCGGCGGCGGCGCGGCUGGCGGCGGCCGAGGCGGAGAUAGCCGCAAUCCGGGAGGAGACGGCCGGCGUGAAGGAGGUCGCGGUGCGCUACAGGGCGAUCAAAAAACGCCUGCUGCAGGGCGUGCUGACUCAGCUGUGA